AUGAAGUCCAACCGGAACCUGUCGAGGGCGGAGGGGAGGAGGCUGGGGAAUGUGGCUCUCAUAGCCUUCAUGCUCGGAUCCCUCCUCCUGCUCUCCCUCGUCCGGGCCAAGUUCUCCCCGAUCGGUAAAACAGGGGACGCCAUCAAAGCAGAGGAGCAGCAGGCAAUGGCGAAAGACAGCGGCGAGAUGGCCACCGCCCAUGAGGCUGCAGCCGCUGAGGAGGAGGAAGACGAGACCCGGUCCAAGCCCACCGAUUCCAGUUCAGGCAGUGGCGGCAUAGGCAGCACGGCCAUUGUGGCCGGCGACGACCACGCCGAGCGGGCGAGCAAGCUGGUGUGCUACGAGUCGAGCCGGCGGUCGGACACCUGCGAGGCGGCCGGCGACGUGCGCGUGGUGGGGCGCGCCCAGACGGUGCUGGUGAGCCCGCUGGAUCGGGAGUGGAAGGUGAAGCCCUACUGCCGGAAGAACGACGCGUUCGCGCUGUCCCACGUCAAGGAGUGGACGCUCCGGCCGGCGGGAAGCGAAGACGCGCCGCGGUGCACGGUGAACAGCUCGGCCACGGCGUUCGUGCUGUCGACGGGCGGGUUCACGGGCAACCUGUUCCACGACUACACGGACGUGCUGAUCCCGGCGUUCAUCACUGCGCGGCGGUACGGCGGCGACGUGCAGCUGCUGGUGAGCAGCUACAAGCCGUGGUGGACCACCAAGUACCUGCAGGUGCUGCAGCAGCUGAGCCGGCACGAGGUGGUGGACUCGGACGCCGACGCCGAGGUCCGGUGCUACCCGCGCGUCGUGGUGGGGCCGACGUUCCACCGGGAGCUAGGCGUGGACGCGUCCUUGUCGCCGUCGUCCGGCGGAGUGUCCAUGCCGGAGUUCCGCGCGAUGCUGCGGGACGCGUUCGGGCUAGAGCGCGCGGCGGCGGCGCCGAGCGGGGACCGGUGGGACAUCCGCCGUCGCCCGCGCCUCCUCAUCAUCUCGCGGAGAACCUCGCGGCUGCUGCUGAACGAGCGCGCCAUGGCGGACAUGGCGACGAGCCUGGGGUUCGACGUGCGGACGGGGGACCCGGAGGUGAGCACGGACGUGGCGCGGUUCGCGCGGCUGGUGAACUCGGCGGACGUGAUGGUGGGCGUGCACGGCGACGGGCUCACCAACAUGGUGUUCCUCCCCGCGGGGGCCGUGCUGGUGCAGGUGGUUCCGUACGGCGGGCUGGAGUGGCUGGCGCGCGGCACGUUCCGGGAGCCCGCGGAAGGGAUGGAGGUGCACUACCUCGAGUACGUGGUGCAGAAGGACGAGACGACGCUGAGCGAGGAGUACGGCGAGGAUGAUCCGGUGAUCAGGGACCCCGCCGCCAUCCAUAGGCAGGGGUGGGACACGCUCAAGGCCGUGUACCUGGACAAGCAGAACGGAGUUCAACCAGCACAAAAUGUAGUGGAAUCUGGUGAUAAUAAGAAUGCUGCGGCCAGAUUCCGUGGGAGCUUUGUGCAAGAACAACGCACAGUGCGAGAUUCUGUCAAUUGUUCGUCAUGA